AUGAACAAGGCGUAUGACAUCAUCGUGAUCGGCUCCGGCGCUGCGGGCUGUGCGGCCGCGCGUGCCUGCGCUUUGCACCACCCUGCUGCCUCCAUUGCCCUCAUCGAGCAAGGCAGUCGCGCGGCUGUUCCGCAGGUGAUGCGGGUACCACUAAUGCAGCCCUACAUCGCAUCAGUGAGGAAGGCCAGGCCAUUUCUACAGACGUUGGCAUGUGCACCGGAGACAAACCUAGCCGACCGCUCUCUGCCGUUCACGCUUGGCCGCGGCCUCGGCGGCAGCUGGCUUUGCAACGACAUGAAGUACAUGCGCGGCACUCGCAAAGACUACGAAGGAUGGGCUGACACCUCCUGGACCUACGACACGCUGCUACCGGUUUUCAGGAGCCUGGAGGCGAACUCACGCGGCGCUUCGCGCGACCACGGUGAGGACGGCCCCCUGCGCGUGACGGAUACGCAGCGCAGCAAUAUCGACUCGGGCAUGAAUGUUCGGUUCUUCGAAGCCUGCGAGGCAGCGGGAGUGCCUGCGACGAGCGACUUCAACGCUGGCGAGGCAGACGGCUUCUCGGCCAUGCAGUCCUACAUCGACGGAGGCGCGCGCGUGCAGGCAUUCGAGGCGUUGAUUGAGGGCACGCAGCCCCGCAUCCCAAAUCUCGAUCUGCUGGACGAGACUUGCGCUGAGCGCAUCCACUGCACGGCUGGAAGGGUGCGCACCGUGGAGGUAUCGCACCGCGGAGACAAAAGCCUACUAGAGGCCCGGCACGUCGUCGUGUGCGCUGGAACGCUGCGCAGUCCACUCUUGCUGCAGCGCAGCGGCAUCGGUGCGAAAGGUAGCGUGCUGGACGCGCCGGCGGUCGGGCAGAACCUGAUCACCACAAGCGCCGCCGAUCUCGUCUUUCGCAUCCGCAACUCAUCCAACGUCUGCAGCAAGUCCAUCAGCUGGUGCAACGCGUCGUAUUUGUACCGGCAGUGGCGCGAGUACAAGGAGAACCGCACCGGCGUGUUCAGCGCUUUCGUCGAGGGUGCUGCCUACGUACGGUCGCAGCUGCAGCAAGACGCCCCGGAUCUGUCCAUUCUCUUCUUUCGCACUCCGCAGAUGGGGAUGGCACACUGGCUGAUGGACGGCUUCACAAUGCGGGUGACGCAUCACUACCCGUCGAGUCGAGGCGAGGUGCUCUACAACGGCAGCAAGGGCACCACGUUCAUUCGAAGCGGGAUGCUCUCCACAAGGGAGGAUGUGCUGGCCAUGGAUGAAGGGGUGCAAUGGGUGGGCCUCCUGACUACGCGCGACGGCACGCUGCAGUCAGUCUACCACGUCGAUGAGAAAGGACGGCAUGUGAGCCCGUUCUGGUCCUACGGCGCGGCACUACACCACCCCCGCGACCGCCUCAUCACACAACGCAGCACAGCCGCCUUCUUGGCGGAGCAUGUGAAGAGCGGCGGAGAUCUCUACGGCACCUGCGCCAUGGGCACCGUGGUGGACAGCCAGCUGCGCGUGAAUGGGAUUGACGGGCUGUUUGUCGCAGACAGUAGCGUUGUGCCGGUGCCCACGGUGGCGAGCAGCAGCACGCUUGGCAGUGCCAUCGGUGCCCGCGUCGCUUCCUUCAUUCACUGA